AAUUGAAUAGCCAAGUUUCAGUUCAUUCUGAAUUCUUCAAGCGAUCGCAAGUGCCAAAACGCAAUCAAGCAUCUAAACACAGACAUUAGGUAUUUUUGAAAAUCUGAAUUUUUGAAUUAACGCGCAGAAGCGCCGGCAAACGGUGGCCCAGUCAGAAACGAUUAUUUCUUUUCAACGUUUUUGCCAAGAUCUGCAUUUAAUUUCCAUUAUCAGUAACAUCAGUCAGUCAUUCAGUUCUACUUCAGUGCCCCUCAGAGGAAAGCAUUUAUAAAAUACCCCGUGUCCGACACCGCCACUACCAACACCACCUCGCCAAAGACAAAAUCGAGUUGUCCAUAAAGUUUUUUUUUGUGAGUAAUAUUAAAUCGCUUGGCAGCCAUUCAUUCGAACAUUGACUGACCACCAACAGCAUCAGCAUCACCACGCAAACAGUGAAAACUGCAGGUUUCACUUAUCAGGCAACAACAUUAGCCCAGUAUUAAGUUGUUAGGCGUACAAUUAAGCAAAAGUGUUUUCAAUUGCAACGCCACCAAGCGCAAUCCAUCACUUGGGCGCAAGUGAAUUUAUCCAUUACUUAAAACAUCCACGCUUUUUUCGGAAAAAAUGGAAAUUUUAACCAGAGCCUCUUUGCUCCAUGUUCUUUUGUUAUUUAUGGUGAAUUUCUCACAGAACAACUUUGUGCAAGGUGCUGUGGGACUAUAUGGACCCGAUCGUUAUGAAGGUCUUCCAGAAACUUGUCUACAACCCAUGGAUUUCGGUUAUUGUCGUGCCAAAUUACAACGCUACUACUUCGAUAUUCGACGCAUGAAAUGUACCAUGUUCUAUUGGGGCGGAUGUGCCGGCAAUGAUAAUAAUUUUAAAACAAUGGACGAAUGUAAUGACUACUGUUCGGCGGGCUAUGAACAAAGCAACAGUAUUGUUCCACUCAAAAGAGAACGUUCGGAAAAUAAUCCCAACUUCAAUACAAAUUCCAAUGCAAGGUCGUCCAAUUUCAACAGCAGAGGAAAUACUGCCGUCAAUACAUCGAAGUCUACAGCGCCAAAAUUCCCAAUCAAAAGUUCUCCAGCACCCUCGUAUAGGGAUAAUGCCAGCGCCAACAAUGGUACGGCCCGAGCAAAUGUAAAGACUUUUAACAUCAAUCCACCACAAAAAGAACUAAAAUAUCCAACGGCCACAGAUGAUUUGGAAGAUGAAGAGUAUGACGAGUAAAAAGUUCAAUUUGACAGUGAAAUAUUUCGCAAAUAUGUAUAUGUAUUUAUAUCAUAAAAAUUAAUAAAUUAUUGUACCUAUUUAUACUCAAAUAA